GUUCGCGUGUUUGUUGUUUCCUGGUUCGAGCUUCCUGCUUCGGCGCGGUGGCUGUUUCCUUUUCAUUUCACGAUGACGCGAGAAAGUUAAAAACCAAGCGGUGCAACGCCGAUAACUUCUUACUUGUAUAAUAUAUUGUAUGUGUAUAGAUAAUAUCACCGGACAGCGUUUGGACUAUAUGAACCGACCAAGGCCAACAUCUGUUUGUCAUCAGCUACAAAAUAUAAAAAAUGGAGGAACCCAGCAGAUCUCGUACAAUGUCAACAGCAGGGGACAGCUUGUACAAGGUUUUAGGCUUGGAGAAAGGAGCAUCUGCAGAAGAAAUAAAAAAGGCUUACAGGAAAUUGGCAUUGAGACAUCACCCUGAUAAGAACCCAGAUAACCCAGAGGCUGCUGAGAAAUUCAAGGAGAUCAACAAUGCAAAUGCCAUCCUGAGUGAUGAGAACAAGAGGAAAAUCUACGAUGAGUACGGGUCCAUGGGCCUCUACAUGGCAGAGCAGUUUGGGGAUGAGGGCGCCAAAUACUAUUUCCUCAUGUCCAAGUGUUGGUUCAAGGCACUUCUGCUGUGCUGUGCUAUUUUCACGUGCUGCUGCUGUUUCUGCUGCUGCUGUUUCUGCUGUGGAAAGUGUAAAUCACAGCUGGAUGAUGAGGUCCCUGUUUAUGAAGACCUGGAGGAAGACAUCAGAGGACAGGACACGGCAGGUGACAAUGUAAUAAUCAUUCAGCCAAGUCCUACUGCUAACACUGACACAUCAACAAAGUUUGCUUCAUCAGGUGAAAGCAUACCAAUUGUUAUUCAGCCACAAACGUCAAACAGCACCCCAGAGCCAGUCCGCCAGAAUUCCGGAGACAGCCAGCACACACAGACAACUGAGUGAGUGUACAGAGAGGGCAUGCUGAGGGCACCAGUUUCUGGGCUGCUGUGCAGAGCAACGUUAUCUGCUUCACUGUUGUUGGUUUUCAACAUGGUUCUUUUUUUUUUUUUUUUUUUUUUCCUCAAACACUGUCAUGACUUCACAAAGUGCAUUUCUCUCAAAUGGGAGAUUGUUUAAUUGAGUAGCAGUUGUGUUUUUGUUUUCCAAGUGCCACAUUGUCCUUCGUGCUCUCUAUUUGAUCUGGUCACAUAAUUGUCUGUUUCUGGUUUUAUGUUUUUGGAUGUUGGGAACUGUCCAUUCUGCACUGGCAUUUGACAUAGCUACGCACUGCUGUUUCUAUUAUUCUGUCUGUUCAUUUUGGAAUUAAGAAGCCAAAAUCAACUGUACUAUAGAAAUAAAAAAAAAAAUCAGAAAUGAUACUUUGACUACUAAAAAAUAGUUCAUUUAGUUUUUUCCCCCCACAUGGAAGCCAGAGGUUCAAAUGUGUUCAAAGUGUGUCACCCAAACUUUGGCAGUCACUUUUGCUGGAUGUCUGGGGAUUGCAGUGGACUGACUCUUCUAUUGUUUUUGGAGGGCUAAAGAGGUGUCGGGCAUGUCUGUGGAUGUACAGAAUUGUUCAGCUUCUUACAGCAUUCAGUUGUUGGUCAGUCAAAAGUUUGGACACACUUGCAUUCCAGAAAGUAUGUCCAAGCUUUUGACUGGUUCUAUACAUAUUUUAAAUCUCUCUCUUCUU